AUGGCCAUGUCUUGCCGGUACGCCGCCCAGAGCUGUGCUCGCCAGCUCCGAUCCGCCCGCGCCGCCCGGGCACCCGCACAGCUCCUCCGCGCCUCGGCGUCCUCGAGGAGGUGGAACUCGACCGAGGCGGCCCCCUCCAACCCCAAGAUCGAAGCCAUUGUCGACCAGAUCAGCCAGCUGACCCUCCUGGAGACUGCCGACCUCGUUUCAAGCCUCAAGACCAAGCUCAACAUCCCCGAUAUGCCCAUAGGCGGAUUCGCCGCCGCCGCUCCCGCUGCUGCUACCCCUGCUGCCGAGGAGGCCGAGGAGGCUGCCCCCGCCGCCGCCGAGAAGACCCUCUUCACGCUGAAGCUCCAAGGGUUCGAGACCGCCUCCAAGGCCAAGGUCAUCAAGGAGGUCAAGAACAUGCUCGGCCUGAGCUUGGUGGACAGCAAGAAGUUUGUCGAGAGCGCGCCCAAGAUGAUGAAGGAGAACGUGCCCAAGGAGGACGCCGAGAAGAUCAUCUCGGCCAUGAAGGAGCUGGGCGCCACCGUGGUGAUGGAGUAA